ACCAGCAGAGGGAAACUCCCCGCGGCCACCGUCACUCCCAGCCGAGCAUCAAGCACUCAGCUCAACUUCAUCCACCAUCCAGCACCGAGAGAACCCCUCCGCACCAAGAUGGCCCCUGUCUCCAUCAAGACCGUGUUGAUCAGUGAGAGUGUGGACCCUCGCUGCAGAGCCCUCCUGCAGCAAAAUGGCAUCCGAGUUACGGAGAAGCAGCAAAUGUCAAAAGAUGAACUGAUCGCGGAGAUAAAGGACUACGAUGGCCUUGUGGUGAGAUCUGCAACCAAGGUAACAGCUGAUGUUAUCAAUGCUGCAAAUAAUCUCAAAAUCAUUGGGAGAGCUGGGACCGGUGUGGACAAUGUGGACGUUGAUGCUGCCACCAAGAAGGGUAUUAUUGUAAUGAACACACCAAGCGGUAACACAAUCAGUGCUGCAGAGUUGACAUGUGCCCUGCUGAUGAGCCUCUCAAGAAAUGUGCCUCAAGCUGCGAUGUCGAUGAAACAAGGGAACUGGGAUCGCAAAAAGUUCAUGGGUGCAGAGCUCUACGGGAAAGUUCUUGGAAUAGUGGGACUUGGGAGAAUAGGAAAAGAAGUCGCCUCAAGGAUGCAAUCAUUCGGCAUGAGGACUAUCGGCUAUGACCCUAUCACUCCACAUGAGGUGUCGGCCAGCUGGGGGGUGGAGCAGAUGCAGCUGGAGCAGCUUUGGCCCCAGUGUGAUUAUAUUACUGUCCACACUCCCCUCAUGCCCUCUACUGUUGGUCUGCUCAACGACGAAUCAUUCGCUAAAUGCAAGAAAGGGGUGAAGGUGGUGAACUGCGCACGAGGCGGCAUCAUCGAUGAGGAUGCUCUCCUCAGAGCGCUGGAGUCCGGACAGUGUGGAGGAGCAGGACUUGACGUUUUUGUUGAGGAGCCACCGAAGAACCGCUCACUGGUGAAUCAUCCCAACGUCAUCAGCUGUCCUCACCUCGGAGCCAGCACCAAGGAGGCUCAGGCUCGCUGUGGGGAAGACAUCGCCCUGCAGAUUGUGGACAUGGUGAUGGGCAAGAAACUGGUUGGAGCAGUAAAUGCUCAGGUUUUGGCGAGCACCUUCUCCCAGGAAUCUCAUCAGCUGAUCAAACUCGGAGAAGCCGUUGGAGCCGUGCUGCAGUCGUGCUCAAGUUCUAAUAAACCGUUCAGCCAAGUGCAGAUCACCACUCAAGGGGAUGUCAUGAAGUCCUCCGCCGGUUACAUGACAUCAUCAGUCCUGGUCGGACUGCUGAAUCAUGAAUCUGGCUGCUGCCCAAACCUCAUCAAUGUACUGAGUCUCGCAAAGGAAUCUGGAAUCACGGUAAACCAAGCCCACUGUGCAUCUGAGGGGGCAGCUGAUGGAGUCUGCAAGGUGGAGAUCGUGGCCAAAUGCUGCACCUACAAAGCCACGGGGGCAGUUCAGGGUGGUGUGCCGGUCCUGCUGGAGCUGAGCGACAGUGUGUUCAGACAGCCGGUCCGUCUCACUGGGAAUCUGCUGUUCUUCAAAGCCCCUGCGAGUCCUCAGCUCCUGUCCUCUGUGGCUGGAGUGCUGGCCGCAGAGGGGGUGGAGAUCGAGUCUUUCAGCGCUCCCUCAGACCGCAGUGGUGAUCUGUGGUAUUGUGUGGGGGUGUCCUCCCUCCUGCAAGACCUCGGUGCCUUAAAGUCCUCAGUUAAGGAGGCCGCACAGCUCACCAUUUAAGUGACGGCAGCAGAACCCGCUGCAGUGCUUGGAUAACAUUCAGUAUCUGAAAUAGCAGGUUUAACAAUGUCUAGUAUAAUUGAUCUGUCUCGGUCUUCAUGUUUACAGCUAACAACUUGUUUAGAAGUUGAGCUUGUGUAGAACACUAUCAAACACUUGAACACUUUAAAACGUCUUUCUGAUAACAUUCCAGUGGUACGAUGGUUUAGGAGCCCUUGAGGUGACUUUUUCAGUUUAUUUGACCAUUUCAAAGCAAUGUGAAAUAAAAUACACUUACUAAAACUG